GUAAAAUUCGAAUCUCAUCAAGUUGUGUUGACAUGCACCAACCUAACAUGUUGCCCCUUUAAUAUAAAUGCAAUGAAUGGACCAACAAUGAGCUUUGCUACUUUCAAAGUAGUUAUGGAGAAGAGCAAGUCCUUCCCUCAAUAUUCCUCGUCUUUCUCGGGCGAGUUCGACUUCGAGAACAGAUCGAAUUCGUAUAACUUCAAUGGGCCGUGUGGCAAGAGUAACGGAUUCGCGGCGUCGAACAAUCCCGAGCUCAAGAGGAAGAAGAGGAUCGCGUCGUACAACGUGUUUGCGAUGGAAGGUAAAUUGAAGUCGAGCGUUAGGAACAGCUUCAAGUGGAUCAAGAGCAAGUUCAGCGACGCACGUUAUGGUAUGUGAGUUUGCAUAAAAGGAAAGCAAAGAUGUUUAAUUUUACACUUUGGUCCUUAUAUUUGUACACAGUGUGUGCCAUGGUUUAAUUUUUGUUUGGAAAUUGGAGAAGGGGGAAGGAAAAUCCAAUCAAAUUGGAAGUGCAGGAUAGCCUUUCAUGGGAAUUAUUGCAAGUUUGGUCCUUAGGGUUGUCUUGUAAUAUGUUUUUGGUAAAAAAAA